AUGCUUCCAUUAACUGGGAGAACAAUCAUCUUUGAUAACUUCCCAGAUCCUUCUGAUACAUGGGAGAUUACAGAAACGAUUGGCAAAGGAACUUACGGGAAAGUCUUUAAAGCAUUAAAUAAGAAAAAUGGCCAAAAAGCAGCAGUCAAAAUUCUGGAUCCAGUUCACGAUAUUGAUGACGAGAUUGAAGCAGAGUAUAACAUCUUAAAAUCACUUUCUGACCACCCCAAUGUAGUCAAAUUCUAUGGGAUGUACUUUAAGAAAGAUAAAGUAAAUGGAGACAAGCUGUGGUUGGUCCUAGAGCUGUGCAGCGGAGGAUCGGUAACUGAUCUUGUUAAAGGAUUUCUGAAGAAAGGCAAAAAAAUGAGUGAGCCCAUAAUUGCCUAUAUUUUACAUGAAGCAUUAAUGGGACUUCAACACUUACAUAGCAACAAAACUAUUCACCGUGAUGUAAAAGGAAACAACAUCCUGUUGACCCUGGAAGGUGGAGUUAAACUUGUAGAUUUUGGUGUCUCUGCCCAGCUUAACGGCACCUGGCACCGUCGGAAUACUUCCGUAGGGACACCGUUUUGGAUGGCUCCUGAGGUGAUUGCGUGUGAACAGCAACUGGAUACUACUUAUGAUGCCAGAUGUGACACAUGGUCUUUGGGGAUCACAGCUAUUGAGCUGGGAGAUGGGGAUCCCCCACUUGCUGACCUCCAUCCCAUGCGAGCUCUCUUCAAAAUACCCAGAAACCCACCCCCCCAACUAAGACAGCCAGAAAUAUGGUCUGCAGAAUUCAAUGAUUUCAUUAGCAGGUGCUUGACUAAAGAUUAUGAAAAGCGUCCAACAGUGUCAGAACUUUUACAGCAUAAAUUUAUUACUCAGAUUGAUGGAAAAAAUAUGAUGUUACAAAAACAACUCAUGGACUUCAUUAACCUUCAUCAAUACAUGGGAGGCACAGAAAAAGCCAGACAUGAACGCCUUCAUACCAAGAAAAGUGCCUUCAAUAGAUCUCUGAUUUCCAGUCUAAAGGAUGUAGAUGAUUUGGCAACUCUAGAAAUUUUAGAUGAGAAUACAGUCUCGGAACAACUUGAGAAAUGUUAUUUCAGAGAUCAGAUUUAUAUCUAUGUGGGAGAUAUUCUCAUUGCUCUUAAUCCUUUUCAAAAUCUUGGUCUUUAUUCUACAGAGCAUUCCAAACUAUACAUUGGAUCAAAGAGAACUGCCAAUCCUCCUCACAUUUUUGCAGUAGCUGACAUAGGAUAUCAGUCUAUGGUCACAUAUAAUUCGGAUCAGUGUAUUGUUAUUUCUGGGGAAAGUGGUGCUGGGAAGACGGAAAGUGCUCAUCUUUUAGUUCAGCAGCUGACAGUACUUGGAAAGGCUAAUAACAAAACCUUACAAGAGAAGAUAUUACAGGUGAACAAUUUGGUGGAAGCUUUUGGCAAUGCCUGCACUAUUAUAAAUGACAAUUCCAGCCGAUUUGGAAAAUACUUAGAAAUAAAAUUUACUUCUUCUGGAUCUGUAGUGAGAGCUCAAAUUUAUGAGUACCUUCUAGAGAAAUCCCGAGUUAUUUAUCAAGCCAUUGGAGAAAAAAAUUUCCAUAUAUUUUACUACAUCUAUGCUGGAUUAGCUGAGAAGAAGAAACUAGCUCAUUAUAAAUUACCUGAAAAUAAGCCUCCCAGGUAUCUACAAACUGGCUACCUCAGAACAAUACAGGACAUGAUAAAUAAUAGUUAUUAUAAAUCCCAGUAUGAUUUAGUUGAGCAGUGUUUCAAAGUCAUAGGUUUUACAAUGGAGCAACUUGGAAGUGUAUACAGUGUCCUAGCUGCCAUCUUGAAUGUUGGAAAUAUUGAGUUUUCUUCUGUGGUAACUGAACACCAGACUGACAAGAGCCACAUAUCCAAUCACUCAGCUCUAGAAAACUCUGCUUCUUUGCUUUGCAUUCAGGCAGAUGAGCUCCAUGAAGCUCUCACAUCCCAUUGUGUGGUCACUAGAGGAGAAACAAUUAUACGGCCCAAUACUGUAGAAAAAGCUACUGAUGUUAGAGAUGCAAUGGCCAAAACUUUAUACGGACGUCUCUUUAGUUGGAUAGUCAACCACAUUAACAGCCUGUUAAAAUAUAACACAUCACCAAGUGGGAAUGAUGCUGAACUGAGCAUUGGCAUUCUGGAUAUAUUUGGAUUUGAAAAUUUCAAAAAAAAUUCCUUUGAGCAGUUGUGUAUUAACAUUGCAAAUGAACAAAUCCAAUAUUAUUUCAAUCAACAUAUAUUUGCCUGGGAACAGAACGAAUACCUAAAUGAAGAAGUUGAUGCCAGAGUUAUUGAAUAUGAAGACAAUCGGCCCCUCUUAGAUAUAUUUCUGCAGAAGCCAAUGGGUUUGCUCUCCCUUCUUGAUGAAGAGAGUAGGUUUCCCAAAGCCACUGACCAGACUCUUGUAGAAAAAUUUGAAGGCAAUCUAAAAUCACAGUACUUUUGGAGACCCAAAAGAAUGGAACUUAGUUUUGGAAUUCAUCAUUUUGCAGGAAAGGUUCUCUAUAAUGCAAGUGGGUUUUUGGCUAAAAAUAGAGACACUCUCCCAACUGAUAUUGUGCUACUUUUGAGAUCAUCAGAAAACAGUGUGAUUCGACAACUGGUCAACCAGCCACUCUCCAAAGCAGGAAAUCUGCCACAUUCUAAAACUAAAAACAUUAUAAACUAUCAAAUGAAAACAUCAGAAAAAUUCACCAGUCCCAUAAAGGCUGAAGCUGGAGAAACCAUAUCUCAUGCCAGAGAGACAACCAACAUGAAAACACAAACGGCUGCAUCAUAUUUUAGAUAUUCCUUGAUGGAUUUGUUGUCUAAAAUGGUGGUGGGCCAACCUCAUUUUGUCCGUUGCAUCAAGCCAAACAAUGAUCGUCAGGCAAGAAAAUAUGACAAAGAGAAAGUUCUGCUACAACUUCGCUACACAGGAAUUUUAGAAACAGCAAGAAUUCGAAGGCUGGGAUAUUCACAUCGCAUACUUUUUGCAAACUUUAUAAAACGUUACCAGGUUCUCUGCUACAAGUGUAAUGAAGACCCCCCACUCAGUGCCAACACCUGUGCUGCCAUUUUGGAAAAGGCUGGUCUCAGUAAUUGGGCUCUUGGAAAAACCAAAGUUUUCCUUAAAUAUUAUCAUGUGGAACAAUUAAAUUUAAUGAGGAAGGAAGCCAUUGACAAGCUUAUUUUUAUUCAAGCCUGUAUUAGAGGAUUCUUGGGUUCAAGACGGUACCAAAAAUUACAAGCAAAAAGGAAAGAAAGUGCUAUACUAAUACAGUCAGCUGCAAGAGGACAUAUGGUCAGGAAACAACAGAAAGGAAUUGUUAACACGAAAAACAUAACCGUAACAACAAUUCAGAACCAGGAUCAAGAAUUUGACUAUAAGAAAAACUUUGAAAAUAAAAGGAAUUCUUUGUUGAAGAAACAGAUAGAAAGUGCAGCCUCUCCUAAGGAAAUGGCCUUCCCAGCUCCAAAUAAUAAAACAAGUGAAUCUGUGGUGAAGAUUUCGACUUUCAAAGCUGAUGGGGAAACCACUCAUGCUAUUGAGAAUAACAACAGAGUAUAUCAAACUUUGAAAAAAUUCAAUAACAUGUCAGGGAAAGAGACUCGGGCAGAUGUGAGCCCCAAACAGAAGUCUAGCCAAGAUUCAAAAGAGGAUAGUAAGGUGAGGAAAAUGGAGGAAGAAGAUACUGCUAGGCUGAAUUAUUACCAGCAUUGUCCAGAGGAAAGAAAUGUUGAAGACUCAAAAGCAGCUUAUCUGGAAAGGAAGGGCCUGUCGGAAAGAGCCAGUCUCCCUGGAUUGAGCUUAGCUGAGAGUGAGGUGAAGCCAUCUUCUGUUAAAAGAACUUUGGAACCUAGUUUUAGCCAAAGAUCAGUGUAUCAAAAUUCCAUCAGCAAAGAAAGGGCAAAGAGGACAUCCGUGGUCACCCAGGAUGUGUCACUCUGCAACCAGGACCAUAGUCACCUGAGGCAGAGGAUGGUCGCAGAGAGACAAGGGGAGCCAGUCACACCAGCCCUGGAAGAAGAUGAAGCAGCAGUGUUCAUUCAGAGCAGGUACAGGGGGUACAAAAGAAGGCAGCAGCUGAAGAGGGAGAAGAUGUCAUCUUUCAAGGAUCAAAAUACGGUCGCAGCUUCCACAGAGGUAGAAAAGAAUUCUCAUAGCCUGAUUCGCUAUUCCACAAAAUGUGAGGCUGUCCAACUCAAGCACGACAAUGGCACAAGUGCAAAUUCACAACAAGAAGUUGACUUGGCCAUUUUCUCAAAACAGAUAUCAAAGCUAUCUGAAGACUAUUUCAUUCUGCAGAAAAAACUGAAUGAAAUGAUUUUGUCACAGCAACUGAAGCCUCUUUAUCUGGGUGUAUAUCCUCACAUGCCAAUUAAUAGACGAAUUUCUUCUCCGCAGUGUCUCUCAGGUAUCGCUAAAGAAGAAGAGCCAAAAAUAUUGAGACCCCCAAGACGGCCCCGGAAGCCCAAAACAUUAAAUAACCCUGAAGAUUCCUCCUAUUACUAUCUACUGCAUAAAUCAAUCCAAGAGGAGAAACGAAGACCACGAAAAGACAGUCAAGGGAAACUAUUAGAUUUGGAAGAUUUCUAUUAUAAGAAUUUUUUGGCCUCCAGAACACAGGAACUUGACCCUAGUUUCAAAGAACAAAGUCAACAGAUAGAACACCAGGAUCAGUGUUUUAAGGCCGAAGAAAGGUGCUGGGUUGCCGACUGCUCAGAGGAGGAAACGAAUGGGCCCACAGACAACCCUUACGACUACCGGAGGCUCCUGCGCAAAACCUCUCAGCGGCGGCGCUUAGUUCAGCAAAUCUCAAAGAUCUCUUCUGGCUUGGAAACGCCUCUCCCAGACCCUGGGGAUACCCGCCCAGGGGCUAUCAGAAAGAAAAAGCUCAUUGCUUUGAACCUAAAGGCUGAGAGGAAACUUCCUCGAGGAAAAUCUCCCGCCGCUGUGGCUGAGCUGGGUGCAGCACUCUCCCCGGCUAGACUCCCAGGCCGCAGCUGGGGGGCGAGUGCGGAGGGGGGAGGGAGGAGCCACCCUCGUCUGAGCAGGAGAUCGAGCUUCGGGGCUGGGCGGUGGGACUGGGGCUGGCCCAGACGCCAGACCUUCCAGGCUCAGACCUCUCUACCUUUCCUCCCAGACCCUGGAAAUUCACUCCACUCGUGUCUGGGCCUCUGCUGCAGUCCAGGCUUCCAAAGAGUCUCCUCCGACUCCAGGCCAAUCUGCAAGGCGACCUUUGGGGAAAGGACCCUAGAAAUAGGUCAGCCUGGAGAAAGAGCAGGCGGACUAGCCCCAGGGCGUGGGUCUUUCCCCUUUUUCCAGGAAGGGCCCUGGGAAGCUUUUAGCCAGCCGGGCUCCCUCCCCUAUCCCGGUCGGGGCUGCCUCCUUUGUGAACUAAUGACUAACCUUUAUGUUUUCGAGAACACAUUCGAGGUAGAAAACUUUCGCAUUGCUGGCCUGCUGGCUCGAAGAACAACCGUUGCAAGAUUUGAUGUGGAUUUAAACAAAGAAGCGUUUUCUCAGACUCAACUACGCCGCGGGAGCCUGAGCUGCGAAGAUGCUGUCUGUAGAGAAGCGAAUCUGCACGCCACAAUGGUUACCGGGGUGCACCGGAGCGUCAGAAUCAGGCUCGAUUGGGGUCCGUUGUGCCCCCCAAUUACCGGUAUUUUCCUAGAACCGGCACUAAACCAGCCCUACAACUAG